GAAAACCUCUUCCUCUUUGCCCUCAAAAAACCGCUCUCCCUCUCUCGACGUUUUAUUCUACGUGCCUGUUUACAUCAAAUAAUGCAGGCUUCCGCUCUCCGUCUGGCACGACAAGCAAGCUCUCUACCUCUCCGAAGAUGCCUUGCGACGACAGUUAACCCAGCACACGUCGCCAGCUCUUCUGCCUCGUCGCCUUCCCCAACUAGGGUCACAGCACAGCAGUCUAUCAUUCCCCUCGGAAACAUUGAAGCUCAAUGGGAGAGGAUGAGUGUGGAAGACAAGACGACGGUGCAUGAGCAGUUGGAAGAGAUUAUGAAGAAAGACUGGAAGCAACUUUCCAUAGACGAGAAGAAGGCUGCCUACUACGUCUCCUUCGGUCCUCAUGGUCCUCGAGCACCGAUAAGCCAACCAGGAGACAACUGGAAGAUCCUUGGUUGUGUUAUUGCACUCGUCGGCGUGUCUGCUAUUAUCUCUGGGACCAUCCGUUCAUAUGGCCAAGAGACACCUCGGACGCUAUCUAAAGAAUGGCAAGAGGCUUCGAACGAGCGUGCCAGGGAGCAAAAGAUGAAUCCUCUCACUGGUAUCGCGUCGGAAGGCUACUCAGGGACGGGUUUCGUAUCCAAGUAGAAAGAACACUUGCUAGAAAUUUAUUCUAUUCAAUGUGUCAAUGGGGAAAAAACGCUAGUUUAUCUUUCUGGUCUUCUUUCCCCUCCUCCAGUUUUCUUUAACCUCCUUUCGUCGCUGUCUACUCAACAAUCAACACUCUUUGUCGUUUACAAUACUCCAGCCCAUAACCCUUGCCUUGACUUUGGGGAGGGGUGAAUUAGAACACCCCAGGGUUUCCCGUCCUCCCGUCUAUUGUCAAGACUCAAUGCCCACCCACAUUCUUCAUCAUGACAGUUGGGUUAUGUCACGGUGGGCCUGGACUGUGUCAAGUCCUCCGUGUCUAUACUGUAGAUAUACAUAGAAUGGUUCGAGGGUGGGAAGUGUCAACUACAGACUGUUUUCGGACCUUUGUCGAUGCCCC